GGCGGGCUUUUCUCUUCCUCACUCCCAGGAGGUCCAGCAGACAGACGGCGCUCACAGUGCGGAUGUUGGCCGGAGCCGCUGUCUGAGUGCUGUCUGUGUGCUGUCUGUGUGCGCAUUGCUCGGGGUAACAGGUGUAAGAUGGUCCACAGGGAUGAGAUAUUAAAGCCGAUCUGGCACGCGUUCAGCGCUCUGGAUGUGGACCGAAAGGGGAAAGUCUCCAAGUCUCAGCUGAAGGUUCUGUCACACAACCUGUACACAGUCCUACAGAUUCCCCAUCAGAACUCUGAGCUGGAGGAACAUUUCAAGGAUGACGAUCAGGGACCGGUGUCCACCCAAGGCUACAUGCCCUAUCUGAACACCUUCAUCCUGGACAGGAUCCAGGGCAAGUUUGAUUUCCUGGAGCUGAAUAAAAUGUGCUGGACGCUCUGUGCCCGUAAGAACAUCAACAGCACCUGCCUGCUCAUCUCAGACGAGGACGCUUUCAAAGUCUGGUGUAUUUUCAACUUCCUGUCCGAAGACCAUUAUCCGCUUGUGAUCGUAACGGAAGAGAUCGAGUUUUUGCUGAGGAAGAUGCUGGAGGCCAUGAGUGGGAUCUGGAACGAGGGCAAGUUUGUGGAGUAUAAGGCCCAGCUGAGUAUGAAGCAGAAUUGUCUGAGUGUGUGGCAGCUGAUUGAGUUGGUGGGUAUGGGCUACUUCACCAAAGGCAUGGACCGCCAGACAACCAGCUUGGGCAUCAACGAGGUCUUCCAGGAACUCAUUCUGGAUAUUCUCAAACAGGGCUAUAUGACAAAAAAAGGCCACAAAAGAAAAAACUGGACAGAGCGCUGGUUCGAGCUGCGUCUCGACUCAAUCUCGUACUACGUGAGCGAGGACCUCGCCGAGAAGAAGGGCUGCAUUCCACUGGACCGUCACUGCUGUGUGGAGUCUUUACCAGACAAAGAAGGAAAGAGAAACCUCUUCAUCGUCAAAUGUCUAGACAAAAGCUUAGAGAUCAGCGCCUCGGACAAAAAGAAACGGCAAGAGUGGAUCCAGGCCAUCCAGGACUGCAUUAACCGGCUGAGACAGGGUCUGUCUGCACCACACCGCGAGGCCCGACAGCGGCGACGGGAACUGCGCAGCCGCCUGCAGGCCGAACAAGCGCUGAUGGAGGGAAAAAUGAAGGAGCUGCAUCUGGCCAAUGAGAAGAAACAACGCGAGCUGGAAGCCAUGAGGAAGAAUCUGGAAGAAGCAGCAGCGAAGGCUGUGAUGGAGGAGCAAAGAAGGAUUCGAACUCAAACAGAGCUACAGAACCACUAUAGAAUGGACUUACAGAAAGAAAAAAUGGUGCGGCAGCAGAUGGAGGAGCAGGUGGAUCAGAUGUCGGGCGAGCUCAGGUUGUAUCUGCAGCGUGUCCGGGAGCUGGAGGACAUGUACCGACGCCUGGAGGAGGCGCUGGAGGACGAGAGACAGACGAGACAGGACGAGGAGAAUCUGCGCAAACUGCAAGCCAGGCUGCUGGACGAGGAGGUGAGGAAGCGCACUGAGCUUGAGCAGAUUCACCUGCAGCAGCAGCGAGCCAUCAGUCAGACACAGCAGGAGAAAGAACAGCUGGAGCAGCAGAGGUUGGAGCAGGACCACGCCCUGAAAAUUGCAAUGCAACAGCUGGACAGUCUUGAACAGCAGAGACAGGGGGCGCUAGAGGAGUAUGAGGCUGUGAAACGGAAGCUGGAGCAGGCGGCAAACAAGACGAGGAGCUGGAAGGAUAAAGUGGCGCAGCAUGAAGGGUUAAUCCGACUCAUCCAGCCAGGAAACAAAGCUCCUCAGAAAAUGACCAACUGGGGUGCGGCGGCGUUCACGGACAACGAGCUGGAAUUGAGAGAGAAGAUCUGGAAGGAGAAGAAGAAACCAGACAAUUAUCUUUAGUCCAUUUUACAUGGUUGUUAUUUUCAAGACCGUUUUUUUUCACCAUGAUGUAUACGUGUAUUACUUGUUCUUUUAUAUAUUUCUCUUAUUUCAUUACGUAAGCAGUGUGUGUUGCCACCUAACAGCUCCAGGGUCCCUGAUGUAAUCAAGAGCUCUGGUUUCUGUCUUUUGAUCUUCUCAUGUCUGGAUGGGUUUCGUCCUCCUCCUCCUCCUCCUUCCUAAAACCAUGCUUUAAUGUAAAGACUGCGAGAAUCUGUGCACAUGGUCUCAUCCAGGAACCAGCAUCCAAUUGAGGAUUUAUUCCCACCUCACCUGGGUAAGCUCCAGGUCCAUUGGAACCCUGAUCAGGAUAAAGCACUUAACGAAGUCGGAUACAUGAAUGAUUAAUCCAGUUAUUUUUGAACAGACCGUGUAAACAGUGUGAGGUUACGGAACCGUAAUCGUAUUACGAUCACAUGACAAAAUAGGUGGUUUGGUGUCAUAAGUUUUUCUUUCUUUUCUUUUUUUUUUUUACAUGUAGGCAUUUGGCAGACGCCGUUAUCCAAAGCAGCGUCUUCUUACAAAAGUGUUAUGAAGUUUCCGUCAUUGGGUAGAUCCUUUAACUGGGUUACUAACCAAGUACAAUCAGUCAAACACUGUUAAAAAGCUUUUCGAGUUCUUAAAUAUUAGCAGUUGAAAAAAAAAAAAACACAGCUUGACGAAGUGUGCAGCCCGUCACUAGAUGUCACUCUUGUACUAAUAAAUGAUCCAGGGUCUUGCCGCACCGCUCUCUAAACACCUGACUGCGGAGAGAUUUAAUGUUAUCGACUGUAUUUGAUGCUCUACGCUGAUCACAGCGAUGAUGUUCUUGCACUGAGUGAAAACUUCCCGAUAAAGGCUUCCCUGCUGCGUCUCAUGGAGCCUCACUUUACUUCUUAUAAUAAAUAAGGAUUGCUUGUUGUGAUCCACUCUUUCUUCA